UUGCUCUCUUUGUCUUCAUUUCCUCUCUUCUGUUCCGCCCCGAACAACCCUACCGGUCUCUAAAGACCACGCAUGCUUCUCAUCGAAUACUUAGCUCUCUUUCCUUUCUUCCCGUACCCACACUCAUCAUCGUUGACAAUCCCAUCGUCCGUCGUCAGUGGCUACGCCCACGAGAGGGACACCACCGAGACAGAGCGCUGCCGGCGACGACGAGGAGGUGAAAGCGAGGAACACAAGGCGGCGGCGGCGGCGGCGUAUGGUGUGCGAUGCCAAGCGACGCCGCGUGAGGCUGUUGCAGCCUUCCGCGUCCGCCCUCCACCUCGACGCCGCUUCCCCCUUCGCAGACGGCAGCUUCUCCUAUUUCCGCCUCCCCGCUGACCCGCUCCUCCGCCUCUCCGUCCUCAAAUUAGACGGCUCCUCCUUCGAUGCGCAAGUCGCGAGGACCGCUCGCGUGCGGGAGCUCAAGGAAGCCGUCGAAUGCCUCUUCAGUCGGCCUUCCAAAGAUGCAACUACUUCUUGGUCUCACGUAUGGGGUCAUUUCUGCUUAUGCUACAACGAACAUAGAUUAACGGAUGAUAAAUCGUAUCUACGGAACUUUGGGAUCAAAGAUGGAGAUCAGCUUCAUUUUAUUAGGCAUCUUUCUUUCGACCACAGACCAAGCAAGGGAAGAAGACCGAUAAAUCAUGGAACUGAUAUGGAGCAACAUAGAAUGUCAUUUACAGGGUCAAAAGUUCAUGAUGAAGUUGAGGAGAACGACAAGGAUAGGGAUCAUAACGGAGUUGGUUCUACUGAGUAUGUGGAUGUACAAUAUGCUCUUGACGAUAAUGAUAACCAGAUCAGAUGUACAGAAUUCAAGUUCGGUCAUCUAUUUCGUGGAUGGUUUUCCUACUCCAGACUGAGGACAUUACAAAAUCAUGGUGCAGAUUCGUUCCAAACUUAGCAGAAUCACCCAAAGUUGGAUCGAAGUGACACUGGUAAUUCAGCAAAUGAAAUCACUUCGAAGUAGUUUUGCUAACAAGGAUGCGAGCAGAGUUUUUGCAACUCUAGAGAUUUGGUUUUCCUGAGCACAGUAAUCUCAGAUGAUUUAUUAGUGCAAAUGAUUCAAUUUUGUUGCAACUUGUUUUGGAUAUAAUCAUGAAACAUAUCUUCUGAUUGUUCCGAUCAACUCUUUUGACAGUCCUAAUUACCUGAAGGAG